AAAGCUAAAUUGUAACCCAACUCGAAAGCCCUACAUAAAAUCCAUACCCCCCAAAAAAAAAAUACUUGACAGCAUGUGAUGAAACUUUACCCAAUUUCAACUUGAAUUAUUAUGAGAACCCUCUCCUCUCCAAAAUACACACACAAACUUCACACAAUACUCAUCUAUCCAAAUCCAUCUUCACUCAAACUAGUUCACAGCUUGUGCACCCAAACCUCAUCAUUAUCUUCAUCACCAACAUAUAUCUCUCCUACCCAUCUCAAUUCCCUCCUCAACAUUGCCAUCCAAACCAAGAACAUCAAACAUGCCACCCAAAUUCACACCCAAAUCAUUACCAACAACUACACAUCCCUCCCUUUCCUCUUCAACAGCCUCAUCAACUUGUACUCCAAAUCUGGGCGUAUUAAUCACAGUCUCACAUUGUUCUCAACUACUCAUGAUGAGUCCAAGAAUGUUGUCACUUGGACCUCUCUCAUUUCCCAGUUGUCUCAUUACAACAAACCCAUUCAAGCCUUGAAAUUCUUUAACCAAAUGAGGAGAACUGGUGUCUACCCAAACCAAUUCACCUUCUCUGCUAUCCUACCGGCUUGUGCCGACACUGUGAUUGUAGCUCAUGGUGAGCAAAUGCAUUCUUUGAUUUGUAAACAUGGGUUUGAAUUUGAUAUGUUUGUUGCUAGUGCAUUGGUUGAUAUGUAUGCUAAAUGUUGUAACAUGAGCUCUGCAGAAAAUGUGUUUGAUGAAAUGCCUAAGAGAAAUCUUGUUUCCUGGAAUUCUAUGGUAGUUGGGUUCUUGCAAAAUAAGUUGUACGAUAAAGCGGUUGGGCUUUUUAAGAAAAUUAUUAGAGAGGCAUUAAGUCCAGACCAAGUUACCUUUUCUAGUGUGUUGAGUGCUUGUGCUAACAUGGGUAUUGCUGACAAUGGAAAGCAAGUUCAUGGGGUUGUAGUUAAGCAUGGCCUGAUUAAUUUAGCUUAUGUGAAAAAUUCACUUAUGGACAUGUAUUGUAAAUGUGGGAUUUUUAAAGAUUCUGUUAAGUUGUUCCAGUCCAUUGGCAAUAGAGAUGUUGUUACAUGGAAUGUUAUGGUAAUGGGGUGUGUCCAAAAUGACAACUCCGAAGAAGCUUGCAGUUAUUUUUGGGUCAUGAGAAGGGAAGGGGUUUCACCGGAUGACGUAUCCUUCUCCACUGUUCUUCAUGCUGCUGCUAAUCUUGCGGCAUUGGAUCAGGGCACUUUGAUCCAUGAUCAGAUAAUAAAAACUGGAUUUGGAAUGAAUGCGUGUGUCACAAGCCCAUUGAUCACAAUGUAUGCAAAAUGUGGGAGCUUGGUUGAUGCUCAUCGAGUAUUUGAAGAGAGGGAUGAUCAAAAUGUGGUUUCAUGGACAGCCAUGAUUUCAGCCUACCAACAACAUGGGCACGCAAACCGAGUGAUAGAAUUGUUUGAGGAAAUGCUGCAAGAUGGGAUUAAGCCUGAUUACAUAACCUUUGUUUCUGUUUUAUCAGCAUGCGGUCACACUGGGCGUAUUAAAGAAGGAUUUGCUUACUUCAAUUCCAUGACUGAAAUACAUAAUAUGAGCCCGGGGCUAGAACACUACGCUUGCAUAGUUGACUUGCUUGGUCGUGCUGGUCGAUUGCAUGAAGCUAAGAAGUUUGCAGAUUCAAUGCCAAUUAAACCGGACGCUUCAGUUUGGGGAGCUUUGCUUGGGGCUUGUAGGAACCAUGGGGAUCUUGAAAUGGGUAGAGAAGUUGCAGAGAGGCUUUUUGAAAUUGAACCCUAUAACCCCGGAAACUAUGUGUUGCUUUCUAACAUGUAUUCACGCAGUGGAAGGUUAGCAGAAGCUAAUGAAAUUAGGAGAUUAAUGGGGGUCAAUGGGGUAAGAAAAGAGCCUGGGUGCAGCUGGAUUGAUGUCAAGAACAAGACUUUUGUUUUUACAGUACAUGACAGAUCACAUUCUAGGACCAGUGAGAUUUAUGAGAUUCUGGGCAAGUUGGAGGAGUUGUUGAAGAAGAAAGGUUAUGUGGCUGAGACCCAAUAUGCAGUUAACAAUGCAGAAGAGUAUAAAGAGCAGAGCUUGUGGUAUCAUAGUGAGAAACUAGCCCUUGCAUUUGGACUUCUGACCAUUCCUAUUGGAGCUCCUAUUAGGAUUAAAAAGAACCUUAGGACUUGUGGUGAUUGUCAUACCGUGAUGAAGCUUGCUUCAGAGAUUUUUGAGAGAGAGAUUGUUGUGAGGGAUAUCAAUAGGUUUCAUCGAUUUGCUGAUGGUUUGUGUUCUUGCAGAGAUUACUGGUGACUGAGAUUUACAUAAUUUUUCUUCUUCUUUUUUACUGUUUAACAUGAUUAUAAAUGGAAAACCAUCUCAGUUUGUCGUCAUUCACCUACUACUGAUAUGAUCAAAUAUUUCUUCUGUUA